UAGAGAUAUUAAAUCAGUUACGUAGGAGGAAAGGGAAGAGAAAAUUAAAAAAAAAUAGAAAAAAAAAUAAAGAAAAGAAAAGAAAAUAGUAAAAAGAAAAGAAAAGUACUUGGUUAAAUUAAUUGGACGAGAUCCGCCCAGCGGAGAAAAUGUCCGACGCGAGUGCGUGAAAUCGUGAGAAUAGAGAAGUUUCGAUGGAUCAGAGCAUGAUAGUGACGUCGUUGCCGCGAGGAGGAUCUCUGUCGGAGAUCAGUCGGAGACAACAUACAACGAUGAAGAACGAGUCCGAUGGUAACGUUCAUGUGCAUGGACAAGAAACGUCGCAGUCCGUCGGGCAAUCGAGUUCUACGUUGGUUGGUACGCGUACUAGUUUGGGAUUACACGGGAAUCUAUCGCAGAAUCAAAAUAUGGAUCAACUUAUGUGCAAUCCUUCGAGCACGGAGGUGGCACGUAAGCCAGGUGCACGUCGUCAAGAGAAACCACCAUAUUCCUACAUAGCCCUUAUAGUGAUGGCGAUACAAUCGAGCCCAGGAAAGAGACUGACCCUCUCAGAAAUUUAUUCCUUCCUUCAACAACGUUUUCCAUUCUUUCGUGGCGCUUAUCAAGGCUGGAAAAAUUCUGUUCGUCAUAAUUUAAGCUUGAACGAGUGUUUCAUCAAAUUACCAAAGGGUCUUGGUAGACCCGGAAAGGGUCAUUAUUGGACGAUAGAUCCCUCGACUGAGUAUAUGUUCGAGGAGGGUAGCUUUCGUCGUCGGCCACGAGGUUUCCGUCGCAAGUGUCAAGCUCUUAAACCCCAAUACCCACAGUAUUUCUCUGCCAGCGGACCUGUAGGGGUUCAGGCUGGUUACGAUAAUCUAACGGCGUCCGGUGGCAUGGAAUACGCGAACGGUUAUCAAAAUCAAUAUCAGAAUUAUCAGGAGUACGCUAUGUAUGGACCUGCGGCAGCAGUUUCCGCGGAUUGGACCUAUCCUGAGCCGAGUUAUAAGACACCUCCUAUAGCCGAGGUCACUUAUAAGACAACCGAGGUCACUUAUAAAACCGGCGAACCUUCGUCAGUUUAUCGUAACGGCGAAUUAGUUACGUUUAAGAGCGAACCCGGUUAUGGCGUUGGAAGAAAUCAGGAUCAACUGAGUUCCGUUGCAGCUUACAGACCCAUUGACGGAUUUCAGCUGAAAGAUCAUCAUCCGCAACAUCAUCAGGAAACAAUAUACAAGGACAACGAGGGUAUGAUGAUCUACAAGUGUGCGGGUAAUCCCACCGUGAACGCUCAGCCUACUACCGGACAAGACUAUUACGUGGGUUACGGUGCUAUUGGUGUCAACAAUGCAGGCGUUGCAGCCACGGCUAACGUCAACGUCAAUCUCGCCAUGCAGGCGGUUCAUGAUCAAAACGGGAACGGUAGUCCCGCUGGAAACGUAGCUUCGCCGCACAGCUCUUGUCAGACACCUGUCACCGAUCACGGAUUGAAAAUGCAAUGCUCGAACUCAAGUUCAAAUAGUUCUGGAGGUAGCAUAAUCGAUAGAAAGCCUUCGUACUUCGGUCAUCCAACGGGUACUGUGAGCUUGAGUUCAUUGAGUUCUUUGAGUUCUUUGAACUUAAGUAACAUCGGUAGUCUGAGCAUAACGAAUGUGCCAAACGUAGCCGUUUCUUCGAGCCUCCAUCAUGCCAACACACCGCCUCCGCCGCCGCCGCCACCGCCGCCGACGACGACGACGCCAACGACGACGCCGACGACGCCGACAUCGACGAUGUAUUACGAUCAGAUAAAGUACAAUAUGUGAAAAAGUGACAAAGUUAGACUUUUGAGAAAGGAAAAGGCAAAACAAAAAGAAAAAAACAAAAGAAAGGGAGAAAAACUUUACGUCCAAAAUCAUCUAAAGAAAAUUAUCUUAGCUCGUUGAUAACGAUGAUAACGAUAAUGAUGAUGAUGUUGAUGAUGAUAACGACGAAUGAUGACGACGAUCAUGAUCGUCUCAACACGACGACAUACUUCUUCAAUUUGACUUUGACGAUUGUCCGCCUAGAGGUAUUAUAAUAUGUAUAUGUAUUUAUGAUUUAUCAUUAAAUACCGUUGUUAAUUUAAGGAUAAACGUUGUCGAGCGAAAUCUGUAGAAUUUAAAUAUCUCAUUCAUUGAAAAAAAAAAAAAACAAGGGGAAUGGAGGAAAGAAGAAAGCAAAGGGGGGGGGGGAAGAAAAUGAAAAAAAAGAAAAAAGGGAAAAAAAAGAAAAUAACAAAAACAAACUGGAGUAUUGUUCGUUUAUUGAUCAUAUGACGUCAGCCGGUAUCCCAGUAAAUUCUAUAAGCGCGGAUGACGUACUUACUUAUUCGCCCCCUUCGAACGCGGUGAUCGAGUGUGAAUAUCCGAGAGAACGACGUCAGGACUCGUUGGUUUUGUGGCAACGAUAAGAACUCGACAGAGAUUGGGAGUUAAUUACGCGGUAAGACAUUGGAUAGGAAAAAUGGAUAAUGCGAUUCCGCGUAAGACAAGAGGUGAAGUCAAGACGUACGCUUCGUCUGAAAAACCAUGGUGACUCUCUAUAUUUUUUUUUCUUUUCUAUUGUUUUCUUUUCUUUUUUUUUUAUUAUUGAUGACACAAAAUAUUGAUUAUACGAAAUUAAUGUCAUGUCGAAAUUAAAGAUCAAUCGAAUAUUGCAAAUAUAAAAUAUAGUUGUGAUUCAUUAGCACGAUCGCUUGUUGAUAAUUUUCAUUUUAACUAGAUAAAUUGGAUUUCUUAAUUAAA